AUGCUCAAAAAUUUUUCAAGAACACUUUCACGGUGGAAUUUUGUUCAAAGAGGUAGGGUUGCGAGGUUUGUCAGCCAAGCGCCUGUUAUAGCAAGAAGAAAUUUAUCAUCAAAGAAAACCCAAAAAACCGAAGCUAAGCUAUCGUUUGAAGAAGAAUCAGAUUUAUAUGUUUUGGGAGAAGUAAUAAGUUCUAUUGAAAAGUAUAAUGCGGAGAAUAAACGUGUUACUGAAGUUGUUGAACAAUUCAAACAUGCAUUCCUUUUGAAUGGUAUAGAGAUAGUGAAAGCACCUGUUCCAGGUUUGGAAUCAACCAAGACUGACAUUUUACAUUUUUCCAAGAGUGUCGAUGGCACAACAAAAAUUGAUCUUAUUGUUGACUUCAAGAAAGUAUUUAAUGAAGAUGCAAGAGAGAUUCAAGUGGUGAUUACAGAUGAAACCAAAGUAUCUCAAUUGUUUUACCUAAUGGGUGACUUCUCUCGUGAAGAUGGUAUGCUUUUUUCCAAUUCUAUGAUGAUCGACUCUCUGGAGUAUAACAAAACUGCGGUAGAAUUGAGGGAUGCGAUUUGCGAUGGAGAAGCCUGGGUAUUCCGCAUGUUGAACAACAAGUUUCAAAAGACACUGGAUGUGAGGAAUGUUAACGUUGUGAAGUUUCUAUCAAAUAUUAAAAGAGAUGCCGGAGAAGCUUUAGACUCGCUUGACAGUCGGACUUUUGUUGAUGCUCUCAUCAACUACACAGUGCUUACACAUCUUGGUGUACUUAAGGGUCAUGACGAAGGUGACAAGUUGUGUUCUAUCUUUUGGCUUUUCGGGAACUACUGCGAAAACACACUUUACGGAAGGUGGCUUCAAGACAUGAUGUGUUGCUUAAAAAGGUAG